GCCGCCCGGCCAGCGGUUGCCGUACAGCAUGGCGGCGCCCAUACACGGUCGCACCGCCGGGAAAGAGGAAGCUUCCGCUUCUCUAAGCCUCCCGGUGGGCGCGGCGACUACCCCGCGGAGGGUUCCUGCUGCCGGAGACGGCCGUUCCGCACACACGCAGGCUGUGAUGAAAUCCUACAAUGCCGCUUUGAGUAGAUGAACUGAAGGGGUCAAAAGGGGAUAAAGAAAAUGCCCAAGCAAACAGCAGUGACAAUUACUUUGGCAACCCUGCUGGGUGUUGCUGUGGGGGGGCUGGUUUUGUGGAAAGCAGCCCAGCGUCGAAAAGGAAAAGCAUGCUGUAGUAGUCAGCGAGAGGAAGCAUUUAUAAACUCAGGAGACAAGAAACUGAUUAAGACAGAGGGUAAGGAGGUGCUUUCCUUCUUCAGAUCUUCCACAUUUUCCUGGGUAGAGAGGAUCCUUGGUGCAGAUGUAAUGGUAGUUUCAGAGCAGGAGGAGUGGGAUCAUGCUGAACCUUUGCUGAAGAAGGAGCUGGAGAAGUGGCCAGUGCUUGGAAUUGAUUGUGAGUGGGUAUCUGUGCAGGGAAAAGCAAAUCCUGUAUCCCUCCUGCAGAUGGCUUCUUCCAGUGGCUUCUGCAUUCUUGUUCGAUUGCCCAGGCUUGUUGCCAGUGGACAGACUAUUCCAAAGACCCUGUUGGACAUCAUGGCAGAUAGUGCUGUGUUGAAAGUUGGAGUAGGAUGUUGGGAAGAUGCUUGCAAGUUACUUCAUGAUUAUGGUCUUCCAGUCAAAGGGAGUGUGGAUCUCCGUUAUUUAGCCAUGAGACAGUGGAAGGAUCUACCUCACUGCCUUAGCCUAAAGUCUUUAGCUGAAGAAGUCCUGAACUGCCCACUUGACAAGUCUCCUCAUGUGCGUUGCAGCAACUGGGAGGCAGAAGAACUGACACAAGAUCAGGUUCUCUAUGCUGCUAGAGAUGCUCAGGUCUCAGUGGCUCUGUUCCUCCAUUUGCUGGGAUUUGCCAGCCUCCCUGCUAUCUCUCAAGGUGAAAACUCUCUUGCUGCUUGGGAAAAAGCAGUGAGUAAAUGCCGGGGCUUGGUGGAUAUUCCUUUUAAAGGAAGAAAGAGUGGCAGCACAGGAGAGGAGAAGAAUGGAGAGGGACGUUCCCCUCAGAAAACAAAGAAUCGGAAGUCUGCAGUGCAUGGCCAGCCUGCUGGCAGUCAGCAAGUGAGAGAUCCACGAAGGCAGAAAAGAAAGCCUCUGGGUGUGGGAUAUUCUGCACGGAAAUCUCCACUGUAUGACAACUGUUUCCUGCAUGCUCCAGAUGGACAACCCCUCUGCACUUGUGAUCGCAAGAAGGCUCAGUGGUAUCUGAACAAGGGGAUUGGAGAGCUAGUUAGCACAGACCCAUUUGUUGUGAAGCUGCGGUUUGAGCCUUCGGGGCGUCCUGAGUCUCAAGUUGAUUAUUAUCUAACAGUCAAAGAGAACCUGUGUGUUGUAUGUGGCAAGAGAGAAUCCUAUAUCCGGAAAAACAUUGUUCCUCACGAAUACAGAAGACACUUCCCUAUCCAGAUGAAGGACCAUAACUCCCACGAUGUGCUCCUACUCUGCACAUCCUGCCAUGCCAUCUCCAAUUACUAUGAUAACCACCUCAAGCAGCAGCUGGCUGAGGAGUUUGGUGCACCCAUUGGCUCUGAGGAAGGUGUACGUCUGAUGGAGGACCCUCUGCGCAGGCAAGUGCGCUCCGGGGCCCGAGCCCUGUUGAAUGCAGAUGGCCUGCCUGACCCCCGAAGGGCCGAACUUUUGCAGAGCAUCAAGGACUUUUUUAACACAGAGAGAGUCACCCCAGAGAUGCUCCAGGAAGCAGCUGGUCUGGAAACCAGGAUCUGCAAUGAGAGCUACAUGCCACAUGGACUGAAGGUGGUGCAGUGUUUUGCUAAAGGAGGCCUGCGCUCCCUUAUCCAGUUGGAGAGACGCUGGCGGCAGCAUUUCUUGGACAACAUGCAGCCUAAGCACCUUCCAGAGCAGUGGUCAGUAGACCAUAACCACAUGAAGCUGAUCCGAAAGUAUGGGGAGGAUCUUCAGAUUGAGCUGUCGUGAAUCUAACUUCCAAGACUCUAGAUAGUGUCUAAUGGACAUAUGUAACUGAAGGUGGAAGAACUGUUUUUACUUCUAUGUCUCCGCUAACAUCUGGGCCUGGGUUUGCAAACUGGCAGCAGUAGGUCUGCCAGAUUUGGCAUCUUAUAGAGUUAAAUCCAUUGACUUGAAUUUUCAGCUGGCUGAGAUUUUUUUUAAUCCUGGUCUGUCACUGACUAAUUCAGUGCAAGAGUGAUAUGCUUAAGGGAACUUGUCUUCUCAAAGUUACUAUGGAGAGUUAUUUUGUAGCCCUCAGGAUGUCUGAUACCUCCAGACCAUUUCUCCUAACACAGAACACAAUAUAUGAACAUUUCCCAGGUUUUCUGGCAGGUAUAUCUGCGCCCUUGAGACCUUGAGAAUCUCCUGAUUUAAAAGUCUUUCUUUGCUUUCAGUGCAGUUGUACUCAUAUGAGGAGUUCUUGGAGGAGACUGCCUGCCAUAAAGAGGUUCCUGUUUGGAAGUGGCAAAGAAACUUUACCUUUUUUUGCAAAUUCUGAGCUGUAUCAGAACUGCAGAUAUAGGCCUCAGUGAGUUUCGUGGUGACAGGUGCCUGAUGAGAAGAGACAUUCCGACUCUGUCAGUGUGAAACCACCCAUGUCAAGUGUUUUCUUAAAUAGCUUCCAACAACACACAAUGUAUAGAAAAAAUGUUCUUCCCUAAUUCCACUUGUCUGUCACAAAUGGGUCUUGCUGGGUACCUUUUCGUAUCAGACUGAAGUGAGGUCAGGGGUCUUAAAAGGAUGAGAGGAAACAAAUUUCAUUUAAAUACCAGCAUCUUUUAAGAGGUCAGACCACGUGUGGCAGAAAACUCAAGAAUCUGGUGUUCUGUUCCUGGAUUUGAUGUGUGUGGUGGUGAGCAAGUCAUCUUCUCUCCAUGCCUGUUUCCCAGUCUCUAAAAUGGGACUAGUAAUACUUACCUAUCUCACAAGAUUGUUGUGGGGCUUAAGGAGUUAAUGUUUUUAUAAAAUGCUUUGAAAAUAUAAGCUAGUAUGUGCUAAUUAUUACUGUCAUUUUUUAAAUGUGCUGUUGUCUGACUUUCUUAAUUAUUAAUGUUUUUUAAAUGGUACUAGACCUUAAUUAUAUAUAACUUUUAAAAAAUACAUACACUUUUCUGUGAAA